CUUAAACUCAGCUCGCUGUUCACCUUGUUUGUGUUCUUGUUGUGCAGCGCAGCCGGCGGACGCGUUUCAUCUGUUGGCGAAAAGAGUUGAUUCAGCUUUCUUUAAUUACAGAAACCCCCCCGAAAUGAGCGACGAAGGUGAAAGUAAGUCGGAGCACGAAGAGCAACCCAAUCCCAAACCUGAGACAGAGGAAAGCAAGCAGCAAGUGGAGGAGGCUCCCAGCUCGGAUAAUAAUGAGGUAACAAAGCCAAAGGAUGAAACUCCUUCCCAGGACUUUGCCGCCUACGAGGAGCACAUGACCUAUGCACCGGACGGCGGGGCCAUCUACACGGAUCCCAGCACCAGGCAAAAGUACAAGUGGUGCACCAGCCAAAACAACUGGCAACCACUAAACGAUGCCGAAGAAGGCGGAGAUCCCUACGAGAACGAGCACUACAAGUGGUGCCCCAAAACCCAACAGUGGCUGCCCAAGAAGCAACAGGAAACCGAGACGGAGCACUACAAGUGGGAUGAAAAGCAGCAAAAGUGGCUACCCAAGCAAAAACAAGGACCGGACCAGGAUGUGGUCUAUGGCGUGGAUGAGAAUGGGGAUCGUACUUACACCGACAAGGAUGGCGCCGUGUUCUUCUGGGAUGCGGCCAAGAAUGCCUGGUUUCCCAAGAUCGACGAUGACUUUAUGGCCCGCUAUCAAAUGAACUACGGAUUCAUUGACAACACUUCGGCGGGCGAGAAAGAGAAGGCUGAAAAGGAAGCGGCCGAGGCCAAGAGAAAAGAGGAGGAACUCAGGCGAAUGACGGCGGAGGCAGAGGCGGCCAUGGCCAAGGAUAGUGAAGCCUCCACAACGGCAGCGCCAACGGGCAAGCGGAAGAUCCAAGAGCCUCCGAAAUGGUUCGAUAUGGAUCCCACGCAGAACACCAAGGUGUAUGUCUCGAAUCUGCCCCUGGACAUCACCAUGGAUGAGUUUGCCGAACUGAUGGGCAAGUGCGGCAUGGUCAUGCGGGAUCCCCAGACCCAGAAGUUUAAGCUGAAGCUGUACGCCGAGAAGGAUGGCCAGAUCAAGGGCGACGGCCUCUGUGACUAUAUCAAGGUGGAGAGUGUGAAUCUGGCGCUGAACAUCCUGGACGAGUACAAUCUGCGCGGUCACAAGAUUCGCGUCCAGAGAGCUCAGUUCCAAAUGCGCGGCGAGUACAAUCCUGCCCUGAAGCCCAAGCGGAAGAAGAAGGACAAGGAGAAGUUGCAAAAGAUGAAGGAAAAAUUAUUCGACUGGCGUCCUGAUAAAAUGCGUGGCGAACGCUCCAAAAAUGAGAAAACUGUCAUCAUCAAGAACCUCUUUACACCGGAACUGUUUGAAAAGGAAGUGGAACUCAUCCUGGAGUAUCAGAACAAUCUGCGCGAGGAGUGCAGCAAGUGCGGCAUAGUCCGCAAAGUGGUGAUCUACGAUCGCCACCCCGAGGGAGUUGCCCAGAUCAACAUGUCCUCGCCGGAGGAGGCCGAUGUUGUUAUACAAAUGAUGCAGGGCCGUUUCUUCGGAAAGCGACAGCUUAGCGCCGAGUCUUGGGAUGGCAAGACCAAGUACAAAAUCGAUGAAUCCGCUGUGGAGGCGCAGGAGCGUCUCUCCAAAUGGGACGAGUUCUUGGAAGUGGAAGAAAGCGAAAAGAAGGAAGAGCCUCAGGAAGAGCAAAAGCAGGAUCAGGACCGGGACCAGGACCAGGAUAGCUCCCCAGAGAGCCAGCUGUUGCCCGGCGAUGCCACCCCAUAGAUGCCCUUCACCUACCUGCGAU